AUGCUGAGAGCCGCGUUCUCCAUCUCAGAGGCCAUCGACGAAAUAGUCGACAUUGACAUCCUGAAUAUGUACACUCACGGGAAUGCCACAUAUGUUGUGGCCGCCGCGACGGCAAUCGUCAAGCGACUGACAGAUGUGCCGCUUAGUGCACCGGAUCAGGCGGCAGGCACCUGGCAUGGCGCCUCCUGCUUAGUCAACUUGACGGGCGACGCGCAAUAA